UCAUCAGCUGACAAGUGCACGUCGGUUGUGAGGAAGCAGCUGAGCUAGGCUGCUUGUGCAUCCAUCCAUCCAUCCUCUUCCCUGAAGAACACCCACGAUUGCUGUCUGGACCUCCUCGUCCUUUUUUUCCCCGACCCCGCUUCUGGAGAGUAACACUGGCUUCGGUGCCGAAGAUUUAGAGAACCCAGGAGGUGUGCUGUCUGUGCUGGACCGCUUCUCCAAGCGUGGAGACUCAAACCGGGACCUCCGCGAUGGAGCUCUAAGUGCGUGAAUUCGCUGCGUUUGCGGGACAAAGUUUGGACCGGGGAAGUUUGACGCACAAGCUUCACGCAGGUGGACUAAAUGGAGUAAGGAGGCGCUUGCUGCAGCAGCAGAAGGUUUGAAGCGGCGAGAGGGGGCGGGUGACAAAGGUCGAGUGGAGAACGCGUCCUCUGGUAGGAGGUGAAGAGGAGGGAGCGUCCGACCCAGCAUGCCGGCAGCAUGGAACGGGUGAGGGAGCAGCGGCCUUUUUGCUCGCUCUCCAAGAGCCACAGAGAGCCACGGGAGCGAGGAGUAGGAGGAGGAGGUGGAGGAGGAGAGCACGGCCGUGAGCGCCGCUACACGUCCUCCUCAUCGGAGCGGGAGGACGCCACCUGCCGCGUGCCCACCCAGAAGUCGUACAGCUCCAGCGAGACACUCCAGGCGUUCGAGCAUGACCCCUCGCGGAUGCUUUUUGGCGGGCGAGUCAAGGAGAUGGUGCACCAGGAGAGCGCAGAGUACAGCCGGCCAGGGCAGACGUUCUCGCUGAGGCAGCUCGGCAUCUGUGAGCCGCCGGCUCGCCGGGGCUUGGCGCUGUGCCCCGAAACGGGCCUCUCGCACCCUCUCGGCACCUACACCAGGGGGCCCGUGGCCUCGGAGGAGCAUGAGGGCGCCUCACCGGAACGUACCAUUGCUCUCUGGGGGAAAGGGGCCACGAAGGCGGGACACAAUUCCUGCCUGUCCAGUCGCUCCAACUCAGCGCUCACGCUCACGGACACAGAAAUGGACAACAAAUCGGACAACGAGACGGGUGACCAUCUGUCCUGUCAGCCACGCCCGCCUCCUCUGCCGCCGGCCCCGCCCCCGCACAAGCAGAACCCCUCCAUCACGUCCCUGAGUCGCAGCUCGCUGGCCAAUCAGAGGGCCGCGAGCCCGCCGCCCACAGCCGGCCUGGCGGCCGAUUUGCAGAGCACGGCAGAAUGCGUCCAGCUGCAGGACAGCUGGGUGCUGGGCAGCAAUGUGGCCCUGGAGAGCAGGCACUUCCUUUUUAAGACGGGCACAGGAUCCACACCCUUCUUUGGGGCGGCAGCCCCAGGAUACACCAUGGCGACCGGGACGGUUUACUCGACCCCGGCGCGCCCCCUGCCCCGCAGCAGCCUAUCCAGGGGUGCUUUCAAGUUUAAGAAGUCGCCCAAGCACUGCUCCUGGAAGUGCACAGCCCUGAUCGCAGUGGGCGUCGCCGUCGUGCUGUCCAUCGUUCUCUGCUACUGCAUAGCCAUGCACCUUUUCGGCCUCAAUUGGCAGCUCCAGGAGUUGGACAACCAGCCAGCGUUUGAAAACGGAGGAGUUGGGAAGGCAGGUCCCACGCAGUCGAGCGCUGUCACGGUGCUGGCUGCCGAUGGAAGAACGAGCGUUCUCCAUCAGGAGAACAACUCCAUCGACACCGGGCCCGUGGAUGUCGGGAAGAGGGCGGGUCAAAGCGUCCCGCCGGGCGUGUUUUGGCGUUCCCAGCUGAGCGUGGACAAGGCGCACUUCCUCAAGUUCAACAUAUCGGUGCAGAAGAACGCUCUGAUCGGCGUUUAUGGACGGAAAGGUCUGGCGCCCUCUCACACGCAGUACGACUUUGUGGAGCUCUUGGACGGCAGCCGGCUCAUCGCUAAAGAACAUCGCGCUCAGAGCGAAGUGGAGAGGGCCCGACUGGAGCACCAGGUCGUGGUCCACCAGGCGGGCUUUAUCCAGUACCUGGACUCAGGGGUGUGGCACCUGGCCUUUUACAACGACGGGCGCAGCGUGGAGGCGGUGUCCUACAACGCCAUCAUCCAGGAGUCUGUCACCGAGUGCGCACACAACUGCUACGGGAACGGGGAGUGUGUCGCCGGAUCCUGUCACUGCUUCCCGGGAUUCAUUGGGCCGUACUGUUCCAGAGCCGCCUGCCCCGUGUUGUGCAGCGGUAAUGGCCAGUACACCAGGGGGCGCUGCCAGUGUUACAGCGGCUGGAAGGGCACCGAGUGCGACGUGGCCUCCAGCCAGUGUGUGGACCCCCAGUGUGGGGGGCACGGGGUGUGCGUGGCGGGCAAUUGUGUGUGCAACGCCGGCUGGAGAGGAAGCAACUGUGAACAAGUGGACUGCGUGGAUCCAAAGUGCACCGGACAUGGCACUUGUCAUCACGGCGAGUGCCACUGUAACCCGGGCUGGGGGGGCAUCAACUGCGAGAUCCUGAAGAGCACUUGUCCGGAACAGUGCUCCAGUCACGGAACCUUCAACACCGACUCUGGAGCCUGCGUCUGCGAGGAGAACUGGACCGGGGCCGACUGCUCCAUAGAGGUGUGCGUGGUGGACUGCGGUCCUCACGGCUCAUGCAUCAGCGGCAUGUGUCACUGCGAGGAAGGGUGGACGGGGCCAGAAUGCGAGCAGAGGGACUGUCACCCACGCUGCAUCGACCACGGAGUGUGUCGCGAGGGCAAGUGUGACUGCCACCAGGGCUGGACGGGCGAGCACUGCACCAUCGCCCUGGAUUCCAGAGUGUCAGGAGCAGUCAAGAUAGGAUAUAAAGACGGCUGCCCCGGCCUGUGCAACAACAAUGGGAGGUGUGUCCUGGAUCAGAACGUCUGGCAUUGCAUCUGCCAGUCGGGAUGGCGGGGGCUGGGGUGCGACGUCGCCACAGAGACGCUCUGCUCCGACGGAAAGGACAACGAAGGAGAUGGUCUCAUCGACUGCAUGGACCCGGACUGCUGCUCUCAGAUCUCCUGCCAGGGUCAGACCUACUGCAAAGGCUCGCAAGACCCGGCCACCGUCGCCCAGGCCUCGCCCGGCCAGCCCGCUUCCAGGAGCUUUUACGAGCGCGUCAGCUUCCUGAUUGGCCCCAGUGGAAGUCACGUGAUGCUGGGAGAGAACCCGUUCAACAGCAGUCUGGCGUCAGUCAUCCGGGGUCAGGUCCUCACUGGCGACGGAACGCCUCUGAUUGGAGUCAACGUGUCUUUCCUGCACUACCCUGAGUACGGCUCCACGGUCACUCGACAAGACGGCAUGUUUGACCUGCUGGCAAACGGCGGCGCCUCUCUGACGCUCACGUACGAGCGAGCCCCGUUCCCGACGCUGCAGCGCACGGUUUGGAUCCCCUGGAACGUCUUCCACGUGAUGGACACGGUGGUGAUGAAGCGGGAGGAGAACAACAUCCCCAGCUGCUACCUGACGGGUCUGAGCAGGCCAGACCCGCUCAUCCUGGCCACGCCUCUGUCCACCUUAUACAAGACAUCUGCGGAGGACAGCCCCAUCAUCCCGGAGACUCAGGUCCUCCAUGAACAAGUGGCCAUACCAGGAAGUGACCUCAACCUGGUCUAUCUGAGCUCCAGGGCGGCUGGCUACAAGCCCAUGCUGAAGGUGCUGCUGACCCAGGAGCGCCUCCCCUUUGGCCUGAUGAAGGUGCACCUGAUGGUGGCCGUCAUGGGCCGACAGUUGCAGAAGUCGUUCCCGGCCUUCCCUGACCUCUCCUACACCUUCAUUUGGGAUAAAACAGAUGCCUACAACCAGAAGGUCUACGGCCUGGCAAAGGCUGUGGUGUCAGUGGGCUACGAGUACGAGUCCUGCUUGGAUGUGGUGCACUGGGAAAAGCGGACGGCGGUGCUGCAAGGCUACGAAGUGGACGCUGCCAACAUGGGGGGAUGGAUGCUGGACAAGCACCACGUCUUGGAUGUCCAGAACGGCAUUCUUUACAAAGGCAGCGGCGAGAACCAGUUCAUCUCCCUGCAGCCGCCCGUCAUCUCCACCGUCAUGGGCAACGGUCGCCGCCGCAGCAUCUCCUGUCCGAGCUGCAACGGCCAGGCGCAGGGCAACAAGCUGCUGGCGCCCGUGGCCUUGGCAUGGGGCAUCGAUGGGAGUCUCUAUGUGGGAGACUUCAACUACAUCCGGCGCAUCUACCCUUCAGGCAAUGUUACCAGUAUCAUGGAGUUGAGAAAUAAAGACUUUCGACACAGCAACAACCCAGCGCACCGCUACUACCUUGCCACCGACCCGGUCACCGGCCAGCUGUACGUGUCGGACACAAACUCCCGGCGGAUCUACCGGCCGAAGACCCUCGCUGGUACCAAGGACCUGCAGGCCAACGCCGAGGUGGUGGCUGGAACCGGGGACCACUGCCUGCCCUUUGACGAGAACCACUGCGGGGAUGGAGGCAAAGCUCCGGAGGCCUCGCUCACCGGACCCAAAGGCAUCGUCGUGGACAAGAAUGGUCUGAUUUAUUUCGUGGACGGCACUACCAUCCGCAAGGUGGACCAGAACGGAAUCAUCUCCACGUUCCUGGGCUCCAACGACUUGACGUCGGCCCGCCCCCUGACCUGUGACAAUAGCAUGGAUGUCAAUCAGGUAAUUUUGGAGUGGCCCACAGACCUAGCAGUGAGCCCGAUGGACAACUCGCUCUAUGUUCUGGACAACAACAUCGUCCUGCGCAUCACGGACAAUGGUCAGGUGAGCAUUGCGGCGGGCCGUCCCGUUCACUGCCCGCUCUCCAGCCUGGAGCGCGGGCUGGCCGGUGGCCAACGGGCCCAGCUGACCCCCUUGGAAUCUGCCGUUUCCAUCGCCGUUUCCUACGACGGGGCCAUCUACAUAGCCGAGACGGACGAGAGAAAGCUGAGCAGGAUCCGGAAGGUUUCUGUGGAUGGUGAGAUUACAGAUUUGGCCGGCGCCCCCGCCGACUGCGACUGCAAGAAUGAUGCCAACUGCGACUGCUACCAGGCGGGGGACGGCUAUGCCAAAGAUGCGAGGCUCAAUGCCCCUUCUUCUUUAGUGGCCGCUCCAGAUGGAACGCUUUACAUGGCUGACUUAGGCAACAUCCGCAUCCGGGCCAUCUCUAGAAAUGGGCCAACUUUGGGCUCUGCUGCCAACACAUACGAGGUGGCCUCCCCCGAUGCCCAGGAGCUGUACAUCUUUGACAGCAAUGGCACCCACCAACACACGGCCAGCCUGCUCACUGGAGACUUCAAAUACACUUUCAGCUACAGCACAGACAACGACAUCACAGCGGUGACGGACAGUAAUGGGAACACUCUGCGAAUACGGCGAGACUCAAACCGCAUGCCAGUGCGCAUCGUGGCCCCGGACAACCAGGUGAUCUGGCUCACCAUGGGCACCAACGGCGGGCUCAGGACUCUCACAGCUCAGGGGCAAGAGCUGGUGCUGCUCACUUAUCACGGUAAUAACGGUCUGCUGGCUACAAAGACCUCCGAGAUUGGCUGGACCACGUUCUACGACUAUGACAGCGAAGGACGCCUAAUGAACGUCACCUUCCCCACGGGCAUGGUGAACAACCUGUAUACGGACAUCUACAGCGCCUUGACGGUGGACAUCGAAAGUUCCCUGACCGAGGAGGAGAUCAGCAUCACAACCAACACAUCCACCAUCCAUGCUUACUACACUUUGUCCCAAGACCAGUGCAAAAGCAGCUACCAGGUGGGCUUCGACAAUUCGCUGAGAGUCACGUACGCCAACGGGAUGGACACCCACUACCAGACCGAGCCCCACAUCCUGGCGGGGGCUGCCAACCCCACUGUAGCCCGGCGUAACAUGAGCUUGCCGGGUGAGAGCGGGCAGAACUUGGUGGAGUGGCGCUUUCGCAAAGAACAAGCCCGAGGGAAAGUGAUCGUUUUUGGACGCAAGCUGAGGGUGAAUGGACGGAACAUCCUCUCAGUAGAUUACGAUCGCACGCUGAGGACAGAGAAGAUUUACGACGACCACAGGAAGUUCCUCUUAAAGAUCAUAUAUGACACCGCAGGACACCCGGUGCUGUGGGUGCCCAGCAGUAAGCUGCUGCCCGUCAACGUGAGUCGGACUAGCAGCGGGCAAAUCAGUACCUUGCAGAGAGGUCCAACCACCGAGAGGCUAGGCUAUGACACACAAGGCCGUCUGGUGUCCCGCGUGUUUGCUGAUGGGAAGAUAUGGAGUUACACCUACCUGGAGCAGUCCAUGGUCCUGCUGCUCCACAGUCAGCGUCAGUACAUUUUUGAUUUUGACUCGCUGGACCGCCUCUCUGGUGUCACCAUGCCAAGCGUGGCCCGCUACACCAUGCACACCGUCCGCUCGGUGGGCUACUACCGCAACCUCUACCACCCUCCAGAGAGCAACGCCUCAGUGGCCGUGGACUACAGCGAGGAUGGCCUCCUCAUGAGAGUAUCUCACUUUGGCACCGGUCGAAGGGUCCUCUAUCGGUACCGGCGUCAGAACAAGCUGUCAGAGAUCCUGUACGACAGCACCAGAGUCAGCUUCACCUAUGACGAGACGGCGGGCGUCCUGAAGACGGUCAACCUGCAGAGCGAAGGGUUCAUCUGUUCCAUUCGUUACAGGCAAGUGGGGCCAUUGGUGGACCGGCAGAUCUUCCGCUUCAGUGAGGACGGGAUGGUCAAUGCACGUUUUGACUACACGUACGACAGCAGCCUGCGCGUCACCAGCGUGCAAGGAGUCAUCAACGAGACGCCGCUGCCCAUCGACUUGUACCAGUUUGACGACAUCUCUGGAAAGAUCGAGCAGUUCGGAAAGUUUGGGGUGAUAUACUACGACAUAAAUCAGAUCAUAUCCACGGCGGUCAUGACCUACACCAAGCACUUUGACGCGCAUGGACGAAUCAAGGAGAUCCAAUACGAGAUAUUUCGCUCACUUAUGUACUGGAUCACGUUCCAGUAUGACGAUGUCGGACGCGUUACAAAGCGUGAGAUCAAGAUCGGCCCCUUCGCCAACACCACUAAGUACAGCUAUGAGUACGACGUGGACGGCCAGCUGCAGACCGUGUACUUGAACGAGAAAGUCACGUGGCGCUACACAUAUGACCUGAACGGAAACCUGCACCUGCUGAACGCAGGAAACAGCGCCAGACUUCUUCCUUUGAGAUACGACUUGAGGGACAGGAUCACCCGUCUCGGGGACAUCCAGUACAGGAUGGAUGAAGACGGUUUCCUCCGUCAAAGGGGGGCAGAGAUCUUUGAGUACAACUCCAAAGGUCUCCUUGUGAGGGUCUACAGCAAAAGCAGUGGCUGGACCAUUCAGUAUCGUUACGACGGCCUCAGUCGCAGAGUGUCCACCAAGACGAGCCUCGGCCAGCACCUGCAGUACUUCUACGCUGACCUCAGCUACCCAGCUCGGAUCACACACGUCUACAACCACUCCAGCUCAGAGAUCACCUCGCUUUACUACGAUCUCCAAGGCCACCUGUUUGCCAUGGAGAUCAGCAGCGGCGAGGAGUUCUACAUCGCCUGUGAUAACACCGGCACACCUCUGGCGGUCUUCACCAGCAAUGGCCUCCUGGUCAAACAGCUUCAGUACACCGCUUAUGGCGAGGUCUACUUUGACUCCAACCCAGACUUCCAGCUGGUGCUGGGCUUCCACGGAGGACUCUAUGACCCGCUCACCAAACUUUUGCACUUUGGCGAGAGGGAUUACGACAUCAUGUCCGGGAGGUGGACGGUGCCUGAUGUUUUAAUGCUGAGGAACGUCGGCAAAGAGCCGGCACCUUUUAACCUUUACAUGUUCAGGAAUAACAAUCCCAUCAGUAAAGUCCACGAAGUGAGAGAAUAUGUUGCAGAUGUGAACAGCUGGCUUGUCACUUUUGGUUUUCACCUUCACAACACCAUUCCGGGAUUUCCUGUUCCGAAGUUCGACCUGAGCAUGCCAUCAUACGAGCUGAGGAAGAGUCAGCUGUGGGACGAUCUGCCGUCCAUCUCUGGGGUGCAGCAGGAAGUAACCCGACAAGCGCACUCGCUCUUGUCAUUCGAGCGGCUGCCAGAGGUCCAUCUCAGCCGAGGUCGCCGGGGUGAAAAGUCUUGGCUGUGGUUCUCAGCGGCCAUGUCCCCCAUAGGAAGGGCCGUUAUGUUCGCCAUAUACAAAGGCAGCGUGCACGCUCACACCCUCAACAUGGCCAGCGAGGACUGCAUCAAGGUGGCGACCAUCCUCAACAACGCCUUCUACUUGGAGGACCUCCACUUCACGAUAGAAGGCCGGGACACGCACUACUUUGUCAAACCGGGUCUCCCUGACGCCGACCUCGCCGCCUUGCACCUCACGAGCGGUCACAAGACGCUGGAGAAUGGAGUCAACGUGACCGUCUCCCAGUCCACCACAGUCAUGGACAGCCGCACGCGACGCUUCGCCGACGUGGAGAUCCGCGCCGGCGCCCUCGCCCUUCACAUCCGCUACGGAGCCACCGUGGACGAGGAGAAGGCGCGGGUGGUGGAGCUAGCUCGCCAACGCGCCUUGGCGGGGGCGUGGGCCACAGAGCAGCAGCGGGUGCGGGACGGCGAAGAGGGCGGCCGCCCGUGGACGGAAGGCGAGAAGAGGCAGCUUCUGAGCAGCGGUAAGGUUCUGGGGUACGACGGCUACUACGUGCUCUCCACGGAACAGUACCCGGAAUUAGCGGACAGCGCUAACAACAUCCACUUUCUUCGGCAAAAUGAAAUUGGGAAAAGGUAACAACACGAGAGCUCGCCAAGAAGACUUUGAAAUAGACAAGCAGUCAGAAUGACGACACUGCAAGAGGCUGCUGAUGUAUGUAAAGUGAGUGUUGCUGUGUUUUUUUUGUCAAGGGAAAAAAAUGAAAAGAUGAAACGCAAUGCUGUGCAUUGUGAGCUGGAGGCCUUCAGAGUAAAUGUAUAACUACACUGAGCCUUAACAUGGCAAUUACAGCUCAGUUCCUCUGUAGCACAAGCCUUCUGGACUCUGCAGCAGAGCAAUAGUUGUGUGUUUGGAGGACAGUCAGAUUAUUUUGGUGUUUUCUGUUGUUUUAGUUUGUUUCCACCAUGCACUGUCAGGCUUCACUGAACGUAUUGUAAGACAAAGAAAUGUUUACAUUGUGCACACAUGCACUUCUACGGAAGUGCUGGGCACGUUGGGUCAUAACGAGCAAGCAAAUGUUUUUUUUUGAAAAAUCAAUUCUGACAGGAUAGAUACUCUCACCAAAAAAACAAAAAAAAAUACAGUAUGUAUAUGAAAUUUCUCACUGUAACCUUCAACAUGUGUUUCUCUUUAAGAUGCUUUGAAAAAGACAAAAACAGCUGUUUCCAUGUUUAAAUAUCAAAUAUUCAUUGUGGAUGAAGGACUGUCAAGUUUGGAAGAGCUCUUGACGCGUGACUCGGGCACCCCAUGGCCACCCGCUUUUGUAAAUGAUGACACUCCCAGUAAUUUAUGUUUGUGUUUAUACAUAAUAAAGGACAAAUGAUUUUGGAUGUUAUGGUUCCUCCUCAUGUGACUUUCAGUUAGAAUUAAAGAACAGGCUGGUGGUGAUGAUGUCUCUAUAACAUGCACCCAGCUUAUUAGUUCUGCUAAAUUUCAUGUUUACGUGGCACAUUGCCUUUUGACCCGCCUGCCUGUCGAGUAAAUAUUUCAUCAGUACAAAUAUUUCAUGAAGCCAGCGCACAUAAACUUGUUCCUCUGCCACGCACCCAAAUAUAGCUCACGUCUUCUGCAGGUGCAACUUUGCACUCGCACAUUCAAAUUGCACCAGCCAUUCUUUG